AGCAUUUGUUUACAUUUUAUUUAACACUUUUUGUGCAAUUUGCGUAAACAAUUAUGACGACUGGAACUGAAAACGAAGUGGAAGGAGACGAUGAGAGCCAUGGGAAGGCUACUUUACAAAAUACGGAAAUACCUCUGGAACUAAUGGAUAUCUUUAAAUCCUUGGCCGAAAACAACAAAAUCGUCUUCAAGUCACAGCAAAUUGAUGAUCCGGAAAUUCCUGUUGAGGAAAAAGAAAAUAUAGCACGUGAAGCAUUUGAAAAGAACAGAGAAAACUUCCUUAUUCGAUUUGGAGGCUUUCUGAAUGUUGGACAACUUGGAUCCUUCCAGAACCUGGCCGUCAAAGAACCCAUCAAACCCGAUGAGAAUCUGGAGGAAAUGUGCCUGCUGCUGGAGGAUUUCAAAAGAAAACUUAGCACUCGUUCAGUAUGCAUUAAAAAUAGAAGAUACCAUGCUAUGCAGCAGCUCCUAGAUAAGGGAGAAUACUUCAGCGAGCACGAGAUGAUGCAAAGGGCUCCCGAUCUCUAUCAGGAGUUAGUUGGUCAAUACCUAACGGAGGCCGAAAAGAAAGCUCGUGAUAGUUACGAUGUUAGGAACACCAGCUUUUCUGGAAUACUCAUGCACACGUUGGAAAAAAAGCAAAGAGAUGAAUUGCUAGAGGAAACUCAACCGAAUAAAGAUGAUAAAAGGGAGGUAAGAAGUGAAAUCCAUACUCCCGCCGACUUUGAAGUUCCCGUAGCUUGUCGAAAGCAAUGGGGUGGAUUUGAAGAUGAUGAGCCGAUUGCCUGCUCAACAAGUCGAAAUGCAGAGUGUAGUAUUCCAGCUAACAUAACUAAUAUCUCCACACCGGAGUUUUAUAAUCCUGGAGAGCGAGAACUGCUGCGAAAUGAGUUUCUUAGCAUGAUGAAGGAACGCUUCCUGAGUGGAGAGGAUAAGGACUUUGAUUAUUCAGCCGUAGAUGAUAACACCUUGCUGGAUGAUCUAAAACAAAUUGAGCAGGAUGAGGAAGAUGCCUAUUUCGAGGACAGCGAUGAUGAAGAGGAUCUGGGGAACCAUAAUACCGAAGAUAAGGAAGCGUCCAGCGAGGAUGAGUUGGACAUCUACAUGCGACAUUUAAACAAUCACCAUAGCUUGCAGCAUUAG